AUGGGUCUCCUACAGUCAGUGUAUUUGUACAUCAGGCCGGCAGACUGCCCUCCAUCAACCCCGUCAGCCUUCCCUCCUCUGGCCAUCCCGCCCUCCUCUCGCCUGGCGGUUACCCUAAACUCCCCUCCCGUUCCUCCAGGAGACGCCUGCUCACGCUGGAGCUCCGCCCACCGCUCUCCACACUUCCUGCUGUCGCCCUGCAAACAGGAAGUGACCCGCUCGCCCGCCGAGCUGAGCAGCGACGGUGUGAGGGCGGAGACGGGCGUGAAGAGCGGGCUCCACGUCUGGGAGAUGGUGUGGACCCCCAAACACAGAGGAAGCCAUGCUGUCCUGGGGGUUUCCAGGAAAGACUGCCCCCUGCAGGCGUCGGGAUACAACGUCCUGGUGGGCGGAGACUCACAGUCCUGGGGGUGGGAGCUGAAAACCAAUCAGCUGUGGCACGAUGGGCGAACGCUGGGGCCUUACCCAGGAAACAGGAGGAGGAGCCACUCUGAGGCUGAGGAAAACUUACUUCCUCAAUCCUCCCUAAAGGCGGCAGAAACUCCUCUCCUGAUCCCUGAGCGCGUCCUGCUGGUCCUGGAUGCCGACGCAGGGACUCUGGGCUUCGUCGUGGACAGCAGCUACCUCGGUGUCGCUUUUCAGAAUCUUCCUCGAGGGGCUGAGCUGUUCCCGGCAGUGAGCAGCGUCAGAGGAGGAGCCAGCAUCCGACUACGAUACCUGAACGGGACCACACGCGAUCCUCCAGCCCUGAUGGCUUUAUGUGGACUCUCGAUUCGUCAGCUUUUAGGGCAGCAGAGGCAGAAUCAAACGGAAAAAUUGCCUUUACCUCCUGUUCUCCAGAACUACCUGCUUAUUAGUCAUUAG